UGAAAACACAUUCAACAUGCGAGAGAAAGCAACGGGCUUUGGGGCUUGCAGGUACAUUCUAAGUAUAUAUGUAUUAUUAUUAUGUACCGCAGUUUGUUUUAGUUAUUAUAAAUGUUUCACAACGCAUAUGGGUUAUGCUACGUCCACGUUUUUGGUAUUUCGUCGUGCUAUGGGUGUCCAUCCAAGAUAACAUAGAACUGAUUCUCAGCUGUUCUGGUUACUGCAAUGAAUGGUAACACUAUCCAUCAGGCGACGACCACAGCUUCGGUUGCAGCACCUCGUGGCUGGAGGGAGUUCUGCGAGUUGCAUGCCAUUGCCACGGCCCGAGAACUAGCCAACCACUACCGGAACUUUUCCAGGGAGCGGCCAGAGCACGAUGUCGUCCCACCGGACAGCUUCUCCAAGCAGUUCAGUGAGCUGUUCCAGCAGCACUUCCACUGUGAGGUGGCCGAAGAACUCCCUGCAUCGACCCCUCCCCCCAUGAUGGGCCGGCUCCGCAUCACCACCUCCUCCGGGGCACUGGACUACAGGGAGGCGGGCCGGCCUGGCGUGCUGGCCCCAAAGACGGAGCCCGUGCCGGUGAGCCGGGAGCAGGGGAACCCCAUCUGGUGCUCGGCUGCCAACCCGGUGCUACGAGCUCGAGCUCCCAUUCGGAGCCGCAGCCAGGAGGAGGUGUCUGUGUCGGAGGGGCGGCCUGUGUCUGAACGGUACACCCCCACCUCGCCUUCCUUCUCCACUGCUGCUGAAGUUACACACUUCUCCGUCAGCCAGAUCAGGAAAAGCGUGUGCCGUCUCUUUAAGAAGCGCCCACCGCCCCUUCAGGUCCUGCAGCCCAGCAGGCCGGUGGACAGGGGAAUGGGUGGGGCGCUGGAGGAAGUGACGGCCUUAUCGUCGUCAGCGCUGACUGGGAACCCCUCCCACGAGACCACGCCCUCUGCCUCCCCCACGUCGACGGCGGCCCACUUCCUAGAGCGGCUGAAUAGCAGGUUUGGCCGUAGGCAGAGUGGGAAGCGCAGGCCGCAGGUUGCAAGCAGCUGCAAGGAGGGCCAGCUGAAGUACCUGGUGGUUGACGACACUAUCUCGGACACACAGCAUCGCUGGCAGCGCUGCCGCCUGCUUGUGAGGAAGAUCAGAGAGGGCCUGGCAGGAGAGAGGUUCCAGCUGGAGCUCUACGACCCCCCCAAGGGCUCCAGUCCUAAACUCACAGCACGUUGCUCAGACAUCCUGGAGAUCCGCCGCUGCAACUGUCUGGAGAUGCCUGACAACACAAACACGUUUGUUCUAAAGGUUAAUCACUAUCCAGGUAGUCUCAUAUUUGAGACCGACAAUGACCAACAGGUCAGCUCCUGGACAACAGAAAUUAAAGAAUGGAUAAACAACAGGUCUGGAAGCGGGGAUUUGGAACGCCUAACCUACCCUAUGGACAAUGCUGCGACGGCCAACCGGAGAGGGAGCUCCGAGUCAGGGAGUCAGGGCUCUGCGACCUUUGCCCUCUCGGAGCAGGUGUACCAUAAGACGGACCACUUCCUGUGUUUGUACCCCUGGUUCCACGGCCCCAUCUCGCGGGUCAAGGCGGCCCACCUGGUCCAGAACUCGGGCCUGGAGGGCCACGGAGUCUUCCUGGUGAGGCAGAGUGAGACCCGCCGCGGAGACUAUGUCCUCACCUUCAACUACCAGGGCAAGGCCAAGCACCUGCGUCUGUCUCUAACAGAGUGUGGUCAGUGUAGGGUGCAGCAUCUGCGCUUCCCCUCCGUCAUGGACAUGCUCAGUCACUUCCGCCUCUACGCCAUACCUCUGGAGUGUGUCGCCGCCUGCGACGUCACCCUCACCAGCUUUGUGGUGGCCAAUUCUACCGCACAAGGUCAGAGUUCAUCCGCUGUCCUGGUUCCUUUCUCCCUUCACCGCUGGAGCUCCGAACCCAGCCUAGCCCACUGCAGCCCCAGCCUGCUCCCCUCUCCAGACCCCCUGCCCCAGCCCAGGCUCCCUCUCCUACGCCCUGCGCCCUUCCCAGACCUUUCCACCUCGGGUCCCCUGCGUCGGAGCGAGUCUGUGGGCCGCAGACCUCUGCUGCGUCACCCCAACCCCCACCCACCCCUCCUCACUCAACGGGACUCCGACUACGAACUGGAGCCAGACAGAGGCCGCAAACGGGCCAUUGACAACCAGUACAUGUUCCUCUAACUGGUGGACUCCCGGUCACAGUCGAACCAGUGGUGGCUCUGAGACUCCAAACGAGCAAAGGACAGACUCAUGAGUGAACAUGUAUGCCACAGUGGAGGUCUGUCUCGUGGGGUGUGUGUCAGAGGUCCGACCCGAGUGUCCAUUGUGAAUGUAUUUUUAGGAAAGUGUCUAAUCUUGUUAUGAUUGUCAUUUUCUGAAGCGGCUGUCGUGGUCCUUCUAAGGGACGUUGCUACAUGGGAGUGAGGGGCGCUGGUGUGGAAGGUCUUCCCUGAGUCCCUCCCUUCUAUAGGGGUCUGUUCACUCCCUCCACACAUACACACUCCAUUUUUAAAGUGUAUUCUAAUGUUCUUUGAUACCCUGUGUAUUAGUGUAUCUCAAAUGCACACAUUGUGUACUUUUAAACACUGUGUAUUUUAGUACGCAGACUAUUUUUGUAGGAAUAUAUGAAGGUGUUGAAAAAUAAAUAAAUAAUAAAUAAAAAAAGCUUAACUGUGAUGAGCUUAGGGCUGUUACGGUGACCGUAUUACUGCCACACCAGCGGUCACGAGUCAUGACCACAGUCAAAUUCCAUGUGACUAGCCUUCUUUAAAACUGAGCUCUGAUGCUGCUGAUGGUCAUUAGUAGCCUACCAAACGUGCUAACUGCCAGUCGCUAGUGGCCUGGUACUCAGCACUCUAUUGUCCCUCUAAUCACUCGGACAUCAAUGCAAAUGUCAUUGAAAAUCAAAUCAAACACUUCAUGAGAGCUUAUGUUGCACAACAUUUUUAUAGGCUAUGCAAUUGCGUGAGAAAAGAGUUUUGAUGGCCUCUAUUAAAAAGAGGCACAGCUUUCAAUAGGCUAAGCCUACUGUAUUUCUCAACUUUCCUAAUAUUAAUCACAUUGCUUCUCUUUACAACAGGAGUAUAGCCUAACUGGCUGUAAUGAAAAUGAACCACGGGAAAAGCAUCCUCCAUUCGCUAUUUUAAGUGCAUAGAUUACAUAUGUUCCGACAGGUGCAAGAUAAUGGUCCAUCAUUAAUGAAAACUAAUUUCAGUAUAUGUAAAGACAAGAUUAGUCUGAUGGGUGACAAUAUUAGGCUAUCACUCGUGAAUGAUGCCCAGGGUGUGCAAUAAGGUAAGAAACAGAGCAUGCUUUUUUUGUGCAACUUUUUCUAAUCAUAGUCAUGUAGCCUAGCCCAUAGGCUUUGAUAAGAUUUGUAUCACAACUAAAGCACAUUAUUACGGUGUAGAGACCAACUGACAUACACUACCGUUCAAAAGUUCAGGGUCACUUCGAAAUGUCCUUGAUUUUGAAAGAAAAGCAAAACAUUUUGUCCAUUAAAAUAACAUCAAAUUGAUCAGAAAUACAGUGUAAACAUUGU